AGAUUAUAUUCUGUUGUAUAUGACAGCGAAAUGUUUUUAAUUCAAGUUUUCUCAAAUCUUGCUUGAGCGUAGACAGAGAAUCUAUACAUAAAUGAAUACAAAAUUAAACUUUAUUGUUACAACACAACAGCAAGGCAUCUAAAUAUCUCGGUACCUUUAAAACUUAAAAUUUGUGGUUCAACCUAGUAAAUCUACAAAUUAUAGUAAAGUUGUGCUUAACAUGUGCUACGUAACAUAAGAAAGCGGAUUACAGCUGAACAUUCUGCUUUCAACCAUGAAAUCCAGUAAGCGCCGACUCCAAGCUUUAACUGAAGGUACCGACGGAAUGCCGAACUAUCUCAAAAUGGAAGAUUCAGAAACUUCAAUUCCACCAGUAUUCCGAUCUCGUUUGCACGAGCUAUUUUCUCAAAUAGAAAAGGAGUUCGAUCUUCUUUAUACGGAAAAUUUGAACUUACAAGAAAAAAUAGAUAUAUUAAGUGAAAAACUUGAGAGGGAAAGUUAUAUUGGAGACAGACAGAAUGUGGAUUACAUUGAAUUUGAUGCUACUGGAAAAAAUUCUAAAGUAAAAUUAUCACAAAGCAACUCUCAAAAAGUAAAAGCGAGUCACAAGUUGAGGGUGCAAACAAGCAAAAUAGUGUCUAGCUUCAAAGCACCCACAUACAGUUGCCAACUGAUACGUGAGUUCACUGGUCACAAGGAUGGAAUCUGGGAUGUCACAUCAGCACGUCCUGGGCAGGCAUUGAUUGGAACUGCUUCAGCAGAUCACACAGCCUGUGUGUGGAGUGUGGAAUGGGGUAAAUGCCUUCUACAAUACACCGGUCAUUCUGGUUCAGUAAACUCCAUUCGAUUUCACCCAAGCAGAGACAUAGCAUUGACUAGCAGUGGUGAUAACACAGCACAUGUAUGGCAAGCUGCUGUGAACUGGGAUUUACCUCGUGGUCAAUCUUCUGAAGAGGAACUUGAAGGCGGAGGCGAGGAGAGUCUUGGGGAAGGCGGGGAUAGGCCUGAAGUGCUCCGCACACCACUUAUAGAGCUCAGUGGACACCAGGGCGUCGUGGUGGCGGCUGACUGGCUGACCGGCGGCGAUCACGUCAUCACCGCGUCUUGGGAUAGGACGGCUAAUUUAUAUGAUGUAGAGACUGGGGACUGCCUGCAGGUUCUAACCGGGCACGAUCACGAGUUGACGCAUGCGUCCGCACAUCACAACGCGCGGCUCGUUGUCACCGCGUCCAGAGAUACGACCUUCCGACUCUGGGACUUCCGUGAGCCGAUUCACUCUGUUUCCGUGUUCCAGGGGCACACUGAGAGUGUAACAUCAGCUGUCUUCACGCGAGAGGACAAAGUCGUUUCCGGUUCGGACGAUCGCUCAGUAAAGGUGUGGGACGUGCGGAACAUGCGGUCCGCGCUCGCUACGAUAAGGUCCGAUUCGUCGGUGAACCGCGUCGGUGUGAGCAGCGCCGGCCUCAUCGCCAUACCACACGACAACAGACAAGUGCGUCUGUUCGAUCUACAAGGACAGAGACUCGCCAGACUUCCCAGGUCGAGCAGACAGGGUCAUCGUCGCAUGGUGACGUCAGUGGCCUGGGCCGAAGACAUGUCCUCGAACAUUAACUUCUUCAGUUGCGGCUUCGACCGCCGCAUACUGGGCUGGUCUAUUCAACCGUCGAAGGAAAAUUGAUCAUGAAAAGGUAUCAUCACUGAUAAAUGAAUAAAUAAAUAAAUAUCAAAAUGUUAGAUUAUCUAAUUAGAAAAUGUAUUUUACUACGUAUUUAUUCGCCGUCUUAUGUUUUUCGUGAGAAGAAGUCGCUAUUGAGAAUUAUUAUCAAAAGAAGUUACUAUAAUGAAAAAGAUUUAUUAAAGUCAUCAAUCAAGAAGUGACGUUUAAAACUCACAAUAAAAGAAAUGAUCGUUCAGUAUAUAUCUACGCUUGAAAGGCAAACGUGACUAAGCGACAAUAACUGCUUUGUACAUAAAUGAUAGGCAAUAACCAUAUUCGAUGCGCAAAAAUAUAUAUUUCUAGGUCUAUUAAAAUCAUUUCAAUCCUACAGCUAGAUUCGUUAAAAUAAUUUUUUUUUAGGUAGUAUAUUUUAAAUUAAUUUCAACUUUAAAUUAGUCUACUGUAAAGUUCACGCAUUGUCGCUUAGUGACGUUUGCCUUUCAAGCGUCGAUAUGGAGGGUAGAAUUAAGGAACACCAUCUCAAUGUAUUAAAAGUUUCCGCCCAAAGGGAAUCAAUUAAGGUGGCGCCACAGUAGCAAGUGGGAAGAUUUUAAAAACGCCCCAUAAACUACCACACUUGACUUCAAUUCAGCACACUUCACUCUGUUUAAAACUGGCGUAUAGAUAAAUUUUCCACUGUCAACGCUAGCGCUAUUUCGGCGAGUCUACGAACUAUAACUUGCUGUUUACAGGUGAACACUUUUUCAACUUGUUCCCUAAUUUCCUAUACACGAUGGUACUUCUUUUCCCCUACCCUCCAUGUUUUAGUACAUUCAUUAUUAUAUAGUCUGUUUUACUGUUUUUAGGGAUGCGCUAGGCUAAUCGAUUAGUAAUUUAAAAUCGAUAUGUAUUUUAUGUCUUAUACAUAAAUAUUAUGAUAUAUGUAGAAAUUCGGUUAAAAUAUAUAAUUAUAUUUUAGUUCUGUAAUCGUUGUUGUGAAGUUAUUGUAUUUUUGUUUUCAUUUUAAUAAUUAUAUUGUAAUGCUGUUAAAUUUUGUCACUAUUUAAUAUGAUACAAUGUAGUAGUAACAUACUUAAUGUUAUUUAUGUAUGUACUGUAUUACUAAAAAUUUACAGUAUCGAAUCUCUCAAAAAAAACAUUUUUCAAUUUCUGGUCAGUCACUUAUCUAUAAAGUCAACAUAUUUCAAAAAUGAUUGGAUUUCAAAUAGUGACUCUUAAAACACAAAACCGUUUAAAGUACAAUUCAAUGAUUGGAUUGGAAGACAUUGUCAUAUGAUAAAAACAUCUAUGCUCAUAAAACGACGAUCACGUUUGAAAAAUUAAAUCUUCUAAUUACUAACAUUGCACUCAAUGUAAAAUGAUUGAAAUCAGAUGGUGGUGGGCCUAAUGCCCUCGAAGAUACAACAUAACAUAAUAACAAACUUAUCACAACAUGCCACCAUAAAAUACAACUAUUUUAUUAUUGAUUUAAUAUACCUGGAUUUAGCGCCGUAGUGGCCUCUGGAACGUUCUCUUAAACCUAUGUAAUAGGCACCUACCCUCGUCUGUAUAAAACUGAACACUAAAUAUAAAGAAUACCAAGCAUCAAAUUCAAGUCCGAAAUUACAAUGCCAAUCAACUCACUUAAGCACUCUGCUAAUUUGUGUUGUUUUUAUAAGUAAUUUAAAUUUUAUUUAUUAUCGUGGCGAACUUUCUUAGAGCUCUAUGUCCAGAAAUUGUCAAAAAAUCUGUGCAUAAAAGUAAAUGUGAAACAGAAAUAAGAUAUUUUUGUGGUUGAAUAGAGAAACUUAAAAACAACUACAUUAUGAGUUUAGCUUCGAAUAUCAGUAUUACAUUAAAUCAUUUUGUAAGAUAAAUAUUGCUAGGAGUUAGCAUUCAAAACAUCUGUGUAGAUUUUUUUUAUUUUUUUUUAUUGCUAGAUGGGUGGACGAGCUCACAGCCCACCUGGUGUUAAGUGGUUACUGGAGCCCAUAGACAUUUACGACGUAAAUGCGCCACCCACCUUGAGAUAUAAGUUCUAAGGUCUCAAGUAUAGUUACAACGGCUGCCCCACCCUUCAAACCGAAACGCAUUACUGCUUCACGGCAGAAAUAGGCAGGGCGGUGGUACCUACCCGCGCGGACUCACAAGAGGUCCUACCACCAGUAAUAAAAGUUCUGAUAAUUCAUUUCAAUUUUUUUUUUUUUUAUUGCCCUUUUAGGCAGACGAGCAUACGGCCCACCUGAUGGUGAGUGGUUACCGUCGCCCAUGGACUUCAGCAAUGCCAGGGGCAGAGCCAAGCCGCUGCCUACCGAACCUGAAAUAGUUGUAUGGUUCUAUUUUAAAAAUAUCUAAUAUGAAAUUAAUAAAAUAAACCUUAUUCCAGAAUAUUUAGAACAACACGGCUUUAUCUUUUAGCAUAGACUAUAGAAGUUUUCAACUUACAGCUUACCUUUGAAAGCAGAUGAUCAUUUUUGAGCUUUUUCGUCAAUAUUUCUCAUGUACACAACACUUUGUGAGUAUGGAAUAGACCAAAUCUAUCUAGAUUUUCUCGUAGAAAUUAUGGUUAAACUACAUCUUUGUUUACAGUUUCAUAUAUUAUAUGAAUCCGUGUUUGUAUCAGGAAAAUCAAAAAUUAUUUAACUCUUUUUAUUUAUUUAUUCGGAAUUUGCAAUAAACCUAGUCAGCAAAAGUUUUUUUAGCCAAAGAUGACAUACUAACUCUUUCCUGUGAAAUUUUAUUUUUAAUUAUAUUAAUGAAAAAAAUAUAUAUCUCUAUGCAAGAAUAGGCAAAGUAAUAAAAAGGGCAGAGCGUUGGUACUUUCCUGUGCUUGCGGUACUUACACGUGUAAUUGAAUAGGUUAUUUUAGAACCUACUUGAAAUCAUACAAUUCAAUCAGAUUAAACCUAAUGUAUGAAGUAUUCAUUUAAUAUUUCUAUUUACUAGCGUAAGAUUAAUUAUAAUAUUUAAUUAAAAUGUUAUGUUAUAUUGUGUUGUAUAAUUUCGUUUUAUAAUUUAUCUAGGGUGUAUAUUGUGCGUUCUAUCCUGUCCGUCAUAUUUCUAACAGUAUGUCAAUAUUUCUGUCGUCCUAUUUCCGAAAUUCGCAUAACUUUCUAUUAUUUAAUUCCGGACAUCCGCAAAUAAUCGUUUUAAAAAAAUUUGCCGGGAUGGUACGAACGUGCAAUAAUACCCAGUACGUAUUUUAUCAUUAUUUAAAUUAAAAAAAUGUAAUUAGUGUAAUUGUUAAUCUCAAAAUAAACUAAAACAGUUUUCUUGUACCUACUGUUCUUUUUAAUGAAAUUAAAUAACAAUGUAGAAUACGUUAGUCGUGGUCGAAGAUUCAACUGUAUUGACAUAACGUCUUUACCAUGCUUUACCAUGUCUUUCAAACCAAAAAGUAUCAUUGUCUCGCAGCAGAAAUAAAUAGGACGGUGCAGUGUUAUACGAGACCGCAAAACUCACACCUGGAAUACCUACAGGUCUAAAUAGCUUCAUAGGAUUGCCACCAGUAAUCUUUCAAUCAUAAAAAAAAAAGAUUCUUUUUCGCUCAGCAUGUCCCGUAAAAUAAGUAGCGCAACACUAAUAGUUUAGCCGUAUAGUUUCCGACGAGACAUAUAUUACGUUCUUUGUAGGGAGCUAAAAACAAAAGCUUCAACUAUGAGUAUUGUACUUUGUCAAGCAAAUUAAAGCUGUUCUGUUUACAUUAAUAUUCAUUACAUUGCGGCUUUCGAGGCGGUUUUAUUACAUUAUAGAAUUUAAGUUUUGUUUAUUUGUUUAUUGGUUGAACAUUAGUAAUUGAGAAUGGGGGUUUUGUUGGGCAAUGGGGACUAGAUAGUAAUAUGAACGUUAGACAUCAAACGUGCCCAUAUUUCUGUUUUAUACGUGGGGAAAACCUUCGAUCAACAAUAGUAACUAGAUAAAGGGAUACGUACAAAAUUAAAGCACAAACUGUCCGCGUGAAUGUAUACUUAUAUAGCUACAUUCGUUUACUAACAAACGGAGAAAAAAGUUUUGAAACACUUUUACGUUCAAACUAAUUACAACUGUGGCACCUAGUAAUAAAGUCACAAAUCUCCAAAACAUUAUCUAACACUUACGAUCAUUCGUCACAUAAAACGAGCAAAGCAAUAAAUUACUCCUGUCACUUACCAAUAAAAAUACAUAUUUUAAACAACUUUUAAUGUUAAAUCAAUCUUAAAAGACAACAAAUAAAGUAACUUUUCCCUUAAUUGCUCUGAGAACUAACAUCGUUUUGCUUUGUUUAUUUUUGCUUCUUGAAAUGCCGAUUUCUAUUUACUACAGGAAGUAAGGGAGUCGCGCUAAACACUAAAAUAAUUUAUUAAUGAAUUAAAGUAAAACUUUAGUUGUUUACUUUUUAUGUUUUGGAAAUGUAUGUUUGUUAGUAUCUAUACAUUACUUAUUAUUUUAUUAGCGUUACGUUUUUGUGUAAUAUUUAUUUUUAAGUUUUCGCGACCAGUGCACAUAAUAAAACAACGUUUAAACGGUUUCAAGCGCGGUAUUUUUAUAACAAAGUUUCGGCCACGUUUCAGUAGCCGUGAGCACGGAAGACAAAGAUGUCCAGUGUCAAUAAGCGGAGAUCUUAGCUGGCUUAUAAAAGUCAUCUCUUGUUUCUCUGGCGACAAUCGAGAUCCAUUCUGCACACGUGAUUGCUAGGAAAGCUAAAAUAAAAAUGGAAAGCUAAGUAUCUAAUGAGAGUCCAACAAACAGACACAAAAGCAGCAUUAAACAAUUUUAACCAACUAAUUUUGAAGUAUUGCUAACAAAUUUUAAAAAAUUAUUACAACACAAAUCUACUCCAUGUAUUUACUGUUCUGUUAAGCAAAAGUUUGUCCAUGAGUUGGCCGAGCCUUGGCCAACGUUUGUAGCGGUGGCUAAAAAUCGGUAAUUUUGUUCAAAAUUUUAUAUUAUUUAUUAGUUUAAAGCCUAAAAUAUAGUUUAUACUUCAUGUACUUACCAAAAGUAAGAUACUUCAGCCGUUAAAUUGCUUUUUCGGGCAUUAUUUUUGCAACUUUUGAAUACACACUGCGGCAUUGUGAGACGGGUUGACAUUGGCUGUGUUUGAAGUGAACUAAACAAAAUAACAGCUCACAUUUCAAGUGAGCUGUUAUUUGACGAGACGGUUUUUCUGCACCGACCGUGUAUCUAGUUACUAUUGUUGAUCGAAGGGGAAAACACCUAUAGAGGACAAGUAUAUCCGAACCUCGAUCAUCAAAUGUCAAUAACAAAAUAUAUGACUAGUUUCACACUAGGCUAUUCAAUACUCUCUGAGGAGGAUCCAUCGUUCCGGUACGUGACGUUUGGAAAAUAUUGUUCUUAUCUAUUUCAGUCGCCCUGGACGAACUUAUGAAAUAAAACUACAUUAAAGUUAAAUGAACAUAUUUUCUGAUUGUAACUUAAUGUCUGCAGAAUGUAUGGGCACGUAUAAGUUUGUUCAAUAAGUGUAGUUUCAACUCGAAUCGGAGAAAAGACGCGUGAACGCUUAAAUCAUGAACAUAUAUUCAAACACUAACGACGAACGUUAUUUUUUAUCCAAAUGAGAAAAUUGAACUUAAUUAUUUUCAAAAUUAACCUAUUUUCAGAAAACACUAUCUUGUAAAUGAUUUAUAACAUUUAAAAAAAAAUGUCUGGUUUGUCUUGUACGGUUAAUUAACUAAGAUGUCAAACAAUGUUAUUAUGAUAAUAUUUAUAAAUUUUAUCACAUUCGCUAAUAUGUAACAUAAUAUUUCUUAAGUGGUGUGUCCUUGUUUAUAGCUAUUUAAUUGCGCUUUAGAGAAGUUACUUGGUAUUAUAAUUAUAAAAUUUUAAUAUCAAUAGCAAGUACCUACAUAAGUGUUAAUUGAUGCAGUUCAAAUAUCACUUUACAAUGAAAACUUUAAAUAUGAUCUGAGUAUUUUUGUUAUGCCGAUACUGGUACUUGUGUAAGAAAAAUAAAUAAAAGGGAAAUUGUGUGUUUUAA